AAUAAGACCUAAAUUCAGAAGAUAGGAAGAGGACUCUAAACACAGCAGAAUGCCGAAGGUGAAAGUAUUGCAGGUGUGUGCCUGGGUGCUGCUGCUCUGGCAAUGCUGGGGGGCGCUCGGGUACCCACUGGACUGUAAGGAGGAACAGGGCAGCAGCAUCAGCUGCACCUCCAUCUCCCUGGAGAAACUCCUGGACCGGGUCAUCCAGCACGCGGAGCUCAUCUACCACGUCUCCGAGGAGUCCUGCACCCUCUUUGAAGAAAUGUUUGUCCCCUUGCCAAUGCGUACCCAGCAAAACCGGGCCAGUAACACAUGCAUUACCAAAGCCUUCCCCAUCCCUGGAUCCAAAAGUGAAAUCCAGAAGAUAUCGGACAAGUGGCUGCUGCACUCUGUGCUGAUGCUGGCCCAGAGCUGGAUUGAACCCCUGGUUUACCUGCAGAAGACUCUGGAUCGCUAUGAUGACGCCCCUGAUACCCUCCUCAACAAAACCAAGUGGGUCACCAACAAGCUGUCCAGCCUGGAGCAAGGCGUCGUGGUGCUUAUUAGAAAGAUGCUGGAUGAAGGCUUGCUGGAAUUUGAGCACCAGCAGACUCUGACGAGGUUCGACAUGCAGCCAGAGGUGGUGGAGUCUAUCCUGAGGGACUACGCAGUGCUCACCUGCUUCAAGAAGGACGCCCACAAGAUGGAGGUCUUCCUCAAGCUGCUCAAGUGCCGUCACACAGAAAAGAUGAGCUGCUACAUCUCCUAACAGCAGCCCAGCCAUGGUCUGUGUGAGCCUGCGAACUGGUGUAGUCUCCAACUCACUGCCUUCGAACCAGCUCUGUGGUUAAAUACAUGUCAAAUAAACGGAUAGCUGUUUUAAUGAUACGCCUGUAGAUUAUAUAAGCACCGUUUCUGAAUCAGUUCUUCUUUGUCUUUUUCUUUGUUUGUCUGAUAAGCGAGUCAUUGGUUGUCUUUUACUGUCUGCCAGUGCCAGCUUCACUUUGUAUAAAAGGAAAGAAGACUGACAUUAUCAAAAUACCAUUUGUAACUCCAAUAGCUCGCAACUUACCAUCGGCAUACAUUUACAGUAAUGUCCUUUUUUUGUUGUCAAAUAUUAAACCUUCAAUUCAA